UAUCUUACUUUGUCCUUUUGUGACAAACUCCUUUUAGAAACCUGUCAUAGAAAGUAUUUAAGGUCACUUUAAUUCUUUAUUAUUGCUAAACUUUCUCAGAAUAGCUAAACCUGCAAGUGCUCAUUCACACUCCAGGUCAACACUCGGGCAAUGCCACAGUGCAGCCGCAGGUUUCCCAACAUGAUCCAGGAAUGACAACACAAACGCCCUAUAUCACUAAUGGCUCCGACUCAAAUGCUACAAUAACAGGACCUCUGCCAGCAGCUGCAGGGUGUCAGGUAGCUCUGUGGCGCUUCUCCGGCCAGCAUUUGGUCAGCGUCUGACAGACGUCCAUUGUGUAGAUGGGUUAUAAUCACAUCUCAGUGGCACACUAGAAUAUAGCAGAUCAUGUUUUGGAUUUGGAGAAUGGUUGAACCAAUUUGAGUUCAAGAUGCUGAAAAUGCAGGUUUGUGAUCUAUGAUAAACCCACUCGUGCAGUAUGCCAUUGCUUUAAAACAACAAGACAUACAGUAUGCAAGACAUAUGCAUGAUGUUAAUUUUUAGACAUGUAAAAGCCUUUAUGCUUCCCUCUGUUUUAAUUGUGUUUUGUCUUGUAUUAAGUCACACUUUUACAUUAUAGUUGUCAGCUGUUGUAUUUUCUGUACCAUUAGUUUAACUGUAGAAGCCCAUGGUCACAACAUCAUUUUACUUACCUUAAUUGUAAUACAGUGAUGUGGUGGUUGGCAGUGUGGAGUCAUGGCUAGAAGGUCUUGGGUCCAAGUCCACCAGUUGGCAGAGUGCCUUUCUGUCAGGAUGUUAUAUAUGUUCUUUUCUUGUCUGUUUGGGUUUUCUCUAACUACUUUGGCUUGUUCCCACAGUCCGAAGACGUACAGUUAAGUUAACUGUUGACUCUAAAUUAAUCUCGGGUGCAAAUCAUUCUCUAACUAUCUUUGUUGGCCCUGCGAUAGCAUGCAAACCUGUACAGGGUGCAUCCUACUUUUUUCUCAGUGACAACUUGGAUUGGUUCCUGCUUUUCUGUAACACUUAAAAGGAAAUGUUGUUAGGUUUAUGAAUGGAAGUAGGAAAUAGAUCAGAGGUGUAGUCAUAGCAGGCACAUACAAUCCAUCCCAAAAUGUGUGGUUCUGUGAGCUUGCUAUUUUUUAACUUGACUUGUUUUGACUGCUUUUACACAACCGAGAUGAUUUGCAUUUGGUGAACAGCCUUAAAUAAGUAAAAAAAAAUACUACUUUGGAUGAUUCAAGGACCCUUCUCAGGGAAUCCUUGUUCAAGUGUUCUACCUAAUGGGCACCACAUUUUUAUGGAAAAAUGCACAAACGUGCUAAAGUGUUAAAGUGUUUAUGGUGACUUAAUAUAGCAGCUCUCCUCACGGAAACCCUGAGUUGGCCAGUGAUGCGUCUGUGUGAUGUGGGCAAUGGGUAAAUGGUGUCACAGUUCUGGCCUGUUUGGCCCACUUGGUUCUAGUUUUGAGUUGGGGGCUUUUUUUCCUUUUUGUUUUUCUUUUUUUUUUUGGGAGCUCCCAUCCACCACUAUGGUGACUGAAGUUUGAAAGCCAUCAUCUGUCCUUUUUGGUGACACAAAGAAGAGGGGUCCCUGAAGAGCAAAGAUGAGCAGAACCAUGGAGGAGCUGGUCUGUGAGCUUCGACUGUUCCUUGACCUGCUGGACAGGGAAUACCUGAGCGCCGGAGUCCGUGAGAAAAAGAUGCACCUGUCCAACAUCCUCCACAGAGUCCUGUCUGAGAAAGAGCCUUCGUUCAAGUCAGAGAUCCACAGCGGUCUACCGGCCCCACCUCAGAUGCCCCUUCCUGAGAUCCCACACCCCUGGCUGGCUCCAAACAAUGGCCCACCUCCACUGCCCAGCAGCUCUUUACCAGAAGGAUACUAUGAGGAAGCAGUCCCUUUAAGUCCUGGAAAGGCUCCUGAAUAUAUUACUUCUAACUAUGACUCUGAUGCGAUGAGCAGCUCUUAUGAGUCAUAUGAUGAGGAAGAGGAGGAUGGGAAGGGCCAGAAGAUGCGGCACCAGUGGCCGUCUGAAGAGGCAUCCAUGGAUCUGGUGAAGGACGCCCGGAUCUGUGCAUUCCUGCUACGCAAGAAACGCUUUGGCCAGUGGACCAAACUUCUCUGUGUCAUCAAGGAUAACAAGUUGCUGUGUUACAAGUCCUCCAAAGACCACACCCCCCAGAUGGAAUUGAUCCUGUCAGGGUGCAGCAUCACUCACAUCCCCAAAGACGGAAAGAAAAAGAAGCACGAGCUAAAGAUCGUUCAUCAGGGUGCAGAUGCACUGGUGCUAGCUGUUCAGAGCAAGGAACAGGCUGAAGAGUGGCUCAAGGUGAUGAGAGAGGUGUGUGUUAACGGGUGUGUAGACAUGGAUGGAACUGGAUCUGGGUCCCCAAUACACAAACCUGAACUGGAAAAGAAGGCCUCAUGCGACAGACCAAGCUCAGACGGUGAGGCGCCCCAUGAGAACGGACACAGUGAGUGCAAGGAUCAAGGAAAAGGAAAGAAGAACUCAAAGUCGGAGCAGAAGACUGGGACUGUGGGGAAAGGAGCUGGAAAGAAGAUCACUAAAAUCAUAGGGCUGGGAAAAAAGAAGCCCUCGACCGAUGAGCAGACAUCAUCAGCAGAAGAAGACGUACCCACAUGUGGUUAUCUGAAUGUGCUGUCCAAUAAUCGCUGGCGUGAGCGCUGGUGCCGCCUGAGAGACAACCAGCUGCUCCUCCAUAAAGACCGGGACGACCUGAAGAGCCAUAUCGCCUCUCUCCCGCUCCGAGGAUGCGAGGUCAGCCCGGGGCUCGACCACAAACACCCGUUCGCCUUCCGGCUGCUUCGUAACGGUCAAGAAGUGGCUGUACUGGAGGCGUCCUCCUCUGGAGAGAUGGGUCGCUGGUUGGGGGUUUUAUUGGCUGAAACUGGCUCCACCACGGACCCAGCCACCCUACACUACGACUACAUCGACGUCGAGACCACCGCCAAUGUCAUCCAGCUGGCCAAGCAGUCCUUCUGUUUCACCAGUAAGCGUGCAGUCUCUCCUAACCCAUACUUGGACAACCCAGUCAAUGGCUACGCCUGUCCCACUGGAAUGGCUCUGCACUAUGACGAUGUUCCCAUUAAUGGAAUGGACCCAGAUGUGCAGUACUCCUGUCCCAACACAGGGCGGCGCCAGCUGGCAGAGGUUCAGGAGGUGCACUAUGAGAAUGAUGACCUUUAUGAAAACAUGCCCUCGCCUAAAGUGGCCAAGCGCUAUCCUCCCAAGCCUUCCUCUUCCUCUUCCUCUGCCAGUCACUACAAAACUCCUGUUUCUAAAAUCUCUUCCAAGUUUCUCACUGCUGCCUCUGAAACUAAACCCUCUGCUCAGCUGAAGGGAAAGAAGGGAACUGCAACCAAUGGGGUGGCUUCAAAACAGAAGGCAGAACCAAAGAACCAGUCCAAGAAGAAUGGAUUCAGUGCUACGAAUGGGACAGUAUCCUUAAAACGCAACAACUCCAAUGGCGACCAAUGCAAGUAUGGGAAGAACCGUGUGGAGGCUGAUGCCAAGCGACUUCAGGCCAAAGAGGAUGAGCUGAUGAAGAAGAAGCAAGAUAUACGGAACCAUUUGACCCAGCUGAAGAAGGAGAGAAGAGACCUGCGCACGGCUGUGGAGGCCGCUACUGGAAAACGAUCCCAUGCUUCCCUGUCGGAUCGCCUCAAGAAGGUAGAGGACGACUGCAGGCAGAAGGAGGAGGAGAGGGUCAACCUGGAGCUGGAGCUGACCGAAGUCAAGGAGAGUCUGAAGAAGGCCCUGAGCGGUGGAGUCACCCUGGGCCUCACCAUCGAACCCAAAGCUGGCUCCUCCACUCUACAGUCUCCGGCAACAUUGCGACGGAUCCACCAGUCGUCUCCCUUCUCCAGCUGUGACACCAGCGACACAGAGUCCUGCUCCCUGCCAGUAAACAGCGCUUCACUCCUCCGACGACAACAGAGCGGACAGAAGGCCUCACCAGUACGGGGUCACGUCCUGAAGAAGGCCAAGGAGUGGGAGCAGAAGAACGGCACAUAAGCCUGCUCAGCCCCCUCACAUCAGACAUCUUUAUGUUCCCCUUUUUUUUAAUUUUAUUUUUAUUUUUUUGGAAUAGUGUAAAUAUUUAUUAAACUGUUCAUACAGUCAGAGCAGUGGACACGGCAAAGCAUGCAACCAUGGCAAGUGUGUGGCUUUUAGUAAACUUUAUUACCACAACAUACAGACAUCGCACCCUUUUAAACUUUUAUAUUGUUGAGCUAAGUGCUAAGUGUGUUGUCGCUGCUUUUUUGUUUUUUUUUUAAAGCAACCACAUAUUUUUUACUCUCCAAAUCUGUUUCAGCAGUUUGGGUUAAAAAAGUCAAAGGUCAAGAACGAGUAUUUAUUUGUAAAUGUUAAAAAAGAAAAUAGUAACUUCCCUUUGUGUAUUUAUGUUGAUAUAUUUAAAGGUUUUUGUAGAAUUUAUGCACAUGAUCCCAUUUCCUUCACCACUGAUGGUUCUCAUUCACGGCGUCUGCAUCAACAAAGUGCAUUGUUAAAAGUCGCACACAGAGGUGUGUGGCUGUGGGAUGACGAUCUAAAGACAGAAACAGUGUGUUUUAUUGAAUGGCAUCAUACUGACUGUUUCCUACCAACCCAUCAGGAGUUACAUUCAGGACCUAAAACCAGUUUCAGAAUUUUGCUUGUGCAAAUGAAAUGCAAAAGGCCACGACGUGAUCACACUGCAAACUGUCGACUUUAACGUGAGAGUUCAGUUGAAAUUGUUGGUGGAGCCCCGUGGGCCUCACUUUUAGCUUCACAUCGGUUUUCCACCUUUUGCUUUGGCCAGCUGUUGUGAUCUACCACAAUGCCUCUGAUCCUGACACCAACAGGGCAUUCAUUCAUAGUAAGAACAGACCAAAAAAAAUGGCCACCCAAACAGGUUUUGCAUUUUUCAGUCCAUUGGUGAUUUAAUCACUUGCAGCAGCAGCUCCAUGUUGACAGUUCACAGCAGAUCCCAAGUGAAAACUGUAAAUGUUUGAAUGAAGAAAUGCACAAAGUAAUGGAACAGUUGAGUAACCAAGUGCCCAAACAUUUUCCCCAAAGUUUGUGUCUAUAAAUAAGAAUUGUUUCCUACAAAGUUCACACAGUUUGUUCAACCGUGGUAAAGCAGAUAGUGUGUCGUCAUGGGGAUACAAUUACAAAACAACUUUUUGGUACAGCUAUUAUAAAUGAAACAACUAUGAAACUGUUUUUAUUCAGAUGUCUUUGUAAAUGCUGAGCAGUUCACCACUUUGCAGCGUCCUCUGCCUCCAACCAGCGUAUUGGAAGACUGUCAACACUCUGCACCACGACUCAGUGAGUGUUUUGGCCUCUGUCGUCAGAACACACUCAUCUGAUCCUGUUGCUGUUUUUACUGUAGAUCAAACUGUGUGUGUGUGUGUGUGUGUGUGUGUGUGUGUGUGUGUGUGUGUGUGUGUGUGUGUGUGUGUGUGUGUGUGUGUGUGUCCUCAAAUGUCUCCACGGCACAUUGUAAACAUCAACAAUACACUGACCAAAACAAAGACACUUGCUGUAAUUUCCAUUGCUGUGUGUUCUGCUAAAGACUGUGACUUCCAUUUCCACAUUUGACACACACAUGCACCCAACACCCUGACGUCUACAUAUGUGUGAUGCUUUUUUAACAUGUACACUUUGCUGCCAUACACACACUGCUGAGGUGCUUUAACUGACAGAAGCAGCAGUGUUGCUAAAGUCAGGAAAAGCACGAGCAGUCUUGUAAAUAUCUUUUAUUUCCUUGCUGCUUUCAGACGAUUAAUCCAAGUAUUUACUUUGACUCGAUUCUCUGCAGGAUGCCUGAUGUCGGUAAAUGUGAACCUGCUGUACUUAGCUCGGCCUUGUGUGGGUGAAGGGAUUCAUGCAACAUCAGUAUUUGUUUUUGCACCUUAUUGAUUUUCUACUCUGUUGUGUAUCUCAGACGGUCUCCUCCUUGGCGACACACAUGCCUGUACAUAAAUAAAUAAACCUUCUGUCAAA